AUGUCAACAAAACGCUAUGUUCGUCGACCAGACAACAGCUUAAAAUCGGAAGAUCUAGGCGACGGGAAUCCUGUAACCUACCAACCAAACCAAUCCACCAACCAACCUACCACCAAGACCAAUCCACCAACCAACCUACCACCAAGACCAAUCCACCAACCAACCUACCACCAAGACCAAUCCACCAACCAACCUACCACCAAGACCAAUCCACCAAUCAACCUACCACCAAGACCAAUCCACCAACCAACCUCCACCAAGACCAACCUCAACCACCAAGACCAAUACCAGUCCACCAUACCACCAAGACCAAUCCACCAACCAACCUACCACCAAGACCAAUCCACCAACCAUCCACAACCAACCUACCACCAAGACCAAUCCACCAACCAACCUACCACCAAGACCAAUCCACCAACCAACCUAACCAAGACCAAUCCACCAACCAACCUACCACCAAGACCAAUCAACCUAACCAACCUAUCCACCAAGACCAAGUCCACCAACCAACCUACCACCAAGACCAAUCCACCAACCAACCUACCACCAAGACCAAUCCACAACCAACCUACCACCAAGACCAAUCCACCAACCAACCACCAAGACCAAUCCACAACCAACCUACCACCAAGACCAAUCCACCAACCAACCUACCACCAAGACCAAUCCAUCAAUCAACCUACCACCAAGACCAAUCCAUCAAUCAACCUACCACCAAGACCAAUCCACCAACCAACCUACCUACAAGAACAGUCCACCAACCAACCUACCACCAAGACCAAUCCACCAACCAACCUACCACCAAGACCAAUCCACCAACCAACCUACCACCAAGACCAAUCCACCAACCAACCUACCACCAAGACCAAUCCACCAACCAACCUACCACCAAGACCAAUCCACCAACCAACCUACCACCAAGACCAAUCCAUCUAUCAACCUACCACCAAGACCAAUCCACCAACCAACCUACCACCAAGACCAAUCCACCAACCAACCUACCACCAAGACCAAUCUACCAACCAACCUACCACCAAGACCAAUCCACAACCAACCUACCACCAAGACCAAUCCACCAACCAACCUACCACCAAGACCAAUCCACCAACCAACCUACCACCAAGACCAAUCCACCAACCAACCUACCACCAAGACCAAUCCACCAACCAACCUACCACCAAGACCAAUCCCAUCCACCAACCAACCAAUCCACCAACCAACCUACCACCAAGACCAAUCCACCAACCAACCUACCACCAAGACCAAUCCACCAACCAACCUACCACCAAGACCAAUCCACCAAUCAACCUACCACCAAGACCAAUCCACCAACCAACCUACCACCAAGACCAAUCCAUCUAUCAACCUACCACCAAGACCAAUCCACCAACCAACCUACCACCAAGACCAAUCCACCAACCAACCACCAAGACCAAUCCACCAACCAACCUACCACCAAGACCAAUCCACCAACCAACCACCAAGACCAAUCCACCAAUCAACCUACCACCAAGACCAAUCCACCAACCAACCUACCACCAAGACCAAUCCAUCUAUCAACCUACUACCAAGACCAAUCCACCAACCAACCUACCACCAAGACCAAUCCACCAACCAACCACCAAGACCAAUCCACCAACCAACCUACCACCAAGACCAAUCCACCAACCAACCUUCCACCAAGACCAAUCCACCAAUCAACCUACCACCAAGACCAAUCCACCAAUCAACCUACCACCAAGACCUAUCCACCAAUCAACCAUCCUACCAACAAACCGAUUUAUACGGGCAAUGAAAUUGACGCGGUAG